GCGGAGCCGAGAAUGCUUAGCGCGGGUCGGCAUCCAUCGGUCUUGGCUCAUAUGCCCGAGGCCUGGCCACCUACACGGCCUACACACAGCCCGAAGACAUACUCGUAUAUAAAGGGAUUCAACUCGAAUGUCGAGGCGAUACAUCCCCAUCUUAACCUCUUCAAUCUCGUAUACACACUCGCACGUCUCAUUCUACCGAGCUCUGAAUUCACAACCCGUAUCAACAACAACCACAACAGCAAUCCACCAUGGGCUUCCUCUCCAACCUCGUCGGUCCCGGUCCAGCGCCCCCACCUCCCUUACAACCCGUACCGCAACCUAUCGGUGUCAUCCCUUACUACACGCAACAUCGCGGACAGAUCGCCCUCAAAGUCCGGGAGAGGAAGAUGUCGUUCAGCGGGGACGAUUUCGCCGUAAAAGACGCGUAUAACGGGCAGACGAUGUUUCAGGUGGAUGGGAGUGCUUUCUCGUUCAGGCAGAACAAGUCCGUCAAAGACGCUCGCGGACAAAAACUAUUUACCAUCCAACACAAACUCCUCUCCAUCCACUCCACUUACCAAGGAAUAGACCCUACCUCGGGCUCCGUCCUUUUCACUGUCAAAUCCUCUCUUUCCUUCGGGACCAAGCUCACAGCGACCUUUAAGAACCUAGCCGGGGACGGGCGGGACCACGAACUGGUCUUACGUGGAGAUCUACUGGAUCGGAGUGCGGAGAUUACGACGGAAGGUGGGGUGCCGGUCGCUAGGAUCAGUCGGUCGUUUGCUAAUGCCGGGGAGAUCUUCUUCGACAACCAGACGUACAUCGUCACCGUCGCACCGGGCGUCGAUGCCGCUCUACUAUUAGCCAUCUGUAUCUGCCUCGACGAGAAGGCCAACGAGAAGAAUUGAGAAAGAGGCUCUCAUGCAGCCCGUAUGCCUUGU